AUGGAGCUUGUCGUGGAUUAUUUGAAGGCCAAAUAUGAGCAGCCUGAUACCGUGCUUCCCCCUCACAUGUGGGCCGCUCUGCUGGUCCUGUUAGGGGCUACAGCCUCUCAGGCUCCGCUGGCUGAUGGAGGAAAGCCCAGCAGAACCGCGGGGGAAACCAGGCCCGACAUGACAGCGCCGGGACGGGAGAAGAAAGCCCGCCAGCAGCCGCGAAUGGCCGUCCGGCCGGAGGCGGCGUGGGCUGCGGGUCGCUACGCCGUGCUGGCCGCUCUGUGCGCCCUCUGCUACGGCAACUCUCUCCGAGGGGAGUUGGUGCACGACGACGUUUGGGCUAUCGUCAACAACCCGGACGUCCGACCGGGGUCCAGCCUCCGAAACGUCUUCAGCAACGACUUCUGGGGCAAGAGGAUGGCGGACAACACGAGCCACAAGUCCUACAGACCCCUGUGCAUCCUCACCUUCAAGUUGAACAUCCUGCUGGGUGGAAUGACUCCGCUGUAUUUCCACGCCGUCAACGUGUGCCUGCACUGCGCCGCCACCUGCCUGUUCAUGUACACCUGCGACCGCUGCGUGUUCGGAGACCAGCGGCUGGCCUUCAUCACCGCGCUCCUCUUCGCCGUGCAUCCCGUCCACACCGAGGCGGUGUCUGGGAUUGUGGGCAGGGCUGACGUCUUGGCCUGUUUGCUAUUCCUGCUGACAUUCCUCUCCUAUAUUAGGAGCGUGGGGGAUGGCCUUUCCAUCUCGGAGGACGCCCUGCCGUCCACAGCGUCAGUGUGGUCCCUGCUGCUCAGUCUGCUGCUGGGCACCUGCGCCAUGCUGGUCAAGGAGACGGGCAUCACCGUGUUUGGAGUGUGCCUGCUCUACGAUGCUCUGGUGCUGUGCCGCAGGCCUCUCGCGCAGCACCUGUCUGGCUCCAGAAACAGGGAACUUCUCCACAUCUGGACCCCCCUCAUUAAACGAGUUUGCCUCAUCUCAGGCUAUGUGGUCAUUAUCAUGUCCGUCAGACUUCGGCUGAUGGGCGGUUCCAUGCCUCUUUUUUCUGAACAGGACAACCCCGCCUCUUUCUCACCUCAUUUACUCACCAGGAUCCUAACCUACUCUUACCUGUUGUCCUUUAACGCCUGGCUGCUGCUGGCCCCCAUCGUGCUGUGUUAUGACUGGCAAGUGGGUAGUAUUCCCUUGGUGGAAUCUCUGGGGGACAUGCGCAACGUGGCCACCAUGCUGCUGGCUGUGGUGAUGGUCGCUCUCUGCCUGCACUGCGUCUUUUCUUUACAGAGACAGGACAGCAGGGAGGUGUUGGCCGGAAUGCUGUUCCUGGUGUUUCCCUUCAUUCCAGCAAGUAACCUUUUCUUCAGGGUGGGAUUUGUCGUUGCAGAGAGGGUUCUCUACAUGCCAAGUAUGGGUUACUGUAUCCUGGUGGCUCAUGGCCUGGGCCGGCUGUGUUCGGUGGCGGGCCGGUGGGGUACCACAUUCCUCAGCGUCUCCAUGUUGCUGCUGCUCCUGCUCUUCUCCUGGAAAACAGUCCAACAGAACAAUGUCUGGCUCUCCAGGGAGGCCCUCUUUCGCUCUGGCAUCCAGACCUUGCCUCACAAUGCCAAAGUCCACUACAACUACGCCAACUUCCUGAAAGACAGCGGUCGGCACCAGGAGGCCAUUCACCACUACAACACUGCCCUCAGGUUAUACCCCCGACAUGCCAGCGCAAUGAACAACCUAGGCACUCUAACCCGCAGCCCAGAGGACGCUGAGCGGUACUACAGGAAAGCGCUGGACACCAACCCUCAGCACAACCGGGCUCUGUUCAACCUGGGAAACCUUCUCAAGUCCAAGGGGAAGCAGAAGGAGGCGGAGGCCCUGCUGAAAGACUCCAUCCACUAUGGCCCACAUUUCUCCGAUGCGUACUCCAGUUUGGCAUCACUCUAUGCAGAGCAGAAACGCUUUGCUGAUGCAAAUGAAGUAUAUUUAAAAGGUAUAGAAAACUGUCCAGACAGCUCCGACCUUCAUAACAACUAUGGAGUCUUUCUGGUUGAUACAGGAGAAGGGGAGCUGGCUGCAGCCCACUACCAACAGGCAGUGCGCCUUAAACCGGCACAUUACGUUGCCAUGGUGAACCUGGGCCGUCUGCUGCGAUCAUCCAAUGAAAACCAAGAAGCCGAGUCUUGGUUCAAAAGGGCACUGCAGGUAACCAGGAAGGUGGACAUCCUGACCCCCCUCGGAGCGCUGUACUACAACACGGGCCGCUACCAGGAGGCCCUGCAGGUGUACAGAGAGGCUGUCACCCUGCAGCCGGACAGCACUGAGAUCUGGCUGGCUUUGGCUCAGGUUUUGAUCAUGGCUGGCCAAUCCAAAGAGGCAGAAAAGAUGACCCAGGACAUCAUAUCCAGAGAAAGCAGCUGCAUCGAAUGUUACCGCCUCCUCUCUGCCAUCUACAGCAAGAGCGGCAACUACACGGAGGCUCUGGAGGCUCUGGACCGGGCAAUACAGCAGAAUCCCAGCGAUGCGACGGUGAAAGCAGAGCUGUAUUUCUCCAAAGGAAACCAGCUGAGAGAGAUGAACCAACUGGACCAGGCCUUUGAGAGCUACAAGGUGGCUGUUGAGCUCAAACCGGACCAGUCCCAGGCCUGGAUGAACAUGGGAGGAAUUCAGCACAUCAAGGGAGACUACACCUUGGCGAGGAUGUACUACCAGCAGGCCCUGCUUCUGAGUCCCGGCUCCAAACUGCUGAAGGAGAACCUGGCCAAGCUGGACCGGCUGGAGAGGCGAGUGACGGGCGGGGCCUAG